AUGAGUUCUACUCCCCACGACGCGCUUGCGGCUCCCGCAGCCCCAGCCGAAUCAGCCCCAUCUACCCCUGUCAACGCGCCCGGUCCAAUUGUGAUCGAUGAUUUUACCGACGACACCAACAGUGAAUUCGAAAACGAUGACCUGACCUCUCUGUCGGAGAGCGUGCUCGAGUUUGAGUAUGAAAAUGGUCGACGUUAUUGCAGUACCCGGUCUGGUGGUUACAUGAUGCCCAACGACGAGGAAGAGCAGGAUCGAAUGGAUAUUACACACCACAUAUGGCUGAUGCUACUGGGAGGAGAGCUCUACAACGCCCCUAUCACAUCCUCACCACAAAAUAUCCUUGACCUGGGAACCGGGACCGGCAUUUGGGCUAUGGAUAUUGCCGAAAAAUUCCCCAACGCCCACGUUAUUGGAAAUGACAUCAGCCCUAUUCAACCCAGCUGGGUAGCCCCGAACAUCGAGUUCAUCGUCGAGGACUUUGAAAACGAAUGGCAGUACGAAAACAAUCACUUUGACUUCGUCCACGCACGAUGCUUGGCAGGAUGUGUAUCCGAUUGGCCCAGGUUCAUCAGCCGCAUAUUUGACUCUGUCAAACCAGGCGGCUACUUCGAAACGCAUGAGAGUGCCGUGUGGGCCUGGAGUGACGACGGUUCCCUCAAACCAAACUCCGCUCUCAUGGAAUGGCAAAAGGCCAUCAACUUCGCCGGUGAUCAAAUCGGCCGCGAACUGAACAUCUACCACAAACUAAAAGACUGGCUGAUCGACGCAGGCUUCGAGGAUGUCAGCUUGUCAGUCUAUGCGCUUCCUUUCUCUCCCUGGCCGCGUGAUCCCCACCUGAAGGCACUCGGAAAAUACCAGGCAGUCCAGCUGCAACAAGCCAUCGACUCUUACUCACUCCGCUUGUACACCCAGGUGCUGGGAUGGGGUGCGGAUGCCGCUAAGAUUCAUAAUGCCGUGGUCAAGCAGGAGCUGCGGGAUAAGAAGCUUCACGCUUAUGUUCAAACGUACAGUGCCUCCCGUUCCCUUGCACCUUGA